AUGGCUUCUCAGGUGUGGUUCAUCGUUCUCGUGCUUGUGGUAACUACCUCGGCUAAGAGCUUCACCAAUGUUUCUGCGUUCCCCGAAAUGUUGUACGGCUCAAACUUGACCAAUUUUCGUAAAGAAUGUCCCAAUCAAUUGAGCCAGAUGGAUUCCUGUAUUGUGAUCUACAGAGAUUGUUUUGGAUUGAUGAGAGCAACUAGGGAAUGUGAUCACCAAUUCUGUGGUUGUGUCGGAGAGAGCGGAUACAUUCGAGAUGAUUCAACUCCACAAAAGUGUCUGGAUCAUCUCAAUAGUGCUUGUGUUAAAGUUCAUUCGAAAGGGAAUCUGUUCAAAAAUCAGAUUGUGGAAGAGAAUACAAAGCCAGCUGUGAACGCGAUAGAGAAAAAUUUGAAUCAGAUCCGUUCUGAACACAAAACCGUGGCAGAACAAUGUGGAAUUGAGUCGAAGAUUAAAGAUGAAGAGGCUCGAAUGCUGGCAUCAUUGAAUACAACUAACCGACUGUUUCCCAUGACAAUGACAUUCUUCGCAAUGGUCAAUGUGGAGAAGUUUAUUUCAAAAUCUGAGAAAUGUCAGAAGUCAAUCGACCAAUACGAACAUGCUCUGCAGAAUCUUGAUGAGGCAACGGUGAACCGUCUUGAAAUCCCGUAUCGCUUUUGGUUCAUUGGAGCCGAGUUCGGGUCAAUCGGAAGAGUAGUGACUAGGGCUCUAGCUGUGGAAACUUGUGAAAACGCUUCACCUGAGCUCAACCAUCACAGCGUUGUCCGAGUGAAUUGCUAUGAUAGAAGAGUUAACCGUUCUGCGUGUGAUGAGAAGUAUCGCAGAGACACAAAGCACACCCUCUCAACAACUGAAUCAAAGAAGUUAAAAUGCAAGAUGUUCAUCGAUUUGGUUGAACAAGUUCAGUCUCUGAGAGCUUCUCAAUUCUAUGAAGAGGCUGUUGAUUAUCAUGAAAAUGGUUUGAAGAUUGAUGUCAAUGGAGAUUCACUCACUCGGGGAUUUGAGGGAUUCUUCAAGGGGUCAAUGACAAGAAGAGAAACCAAAAACGAUAUUGUACGGUUGGAAGCAUCUCAGAAUUCUCCGCUCAUUCUUCAACAACUUUACGAGGAUGUUUCAAUGUCUUGCGGGAAAUCGAAGAACUCUGCAGACGUCGUGACUUCAUGUGCAUUCAAAUACGCGUACUGCAUUCACAAGAUAAAAAAAGAGUGUAUGAUUCAAUUAUCCAUUUGUUUGGAUCAUAUCGAUGGAAUAGAUGGGACCUGCGAAGAAAAAAUAAAGGAGAUUUCAAGUUUCCUCUGGCCGAGCACGGCUACUACUCCCGUUCCGACUGGCGAAUCAAAUGCUGCAAAAGCUAUCACUCGUGGAGCAAAAGAAGACUAUUUCUGGUGGAUAGCCAGAAUGAUUGCGCUUUUUGUAUUCAUUGUUGUAAUCACUCUACUUAUCAUUUCCAUUGGUGCAGCUAUAUAUCAACAAGGUUGCGUGUCCGGUGCCAGAAAGAUAUGCGGUGAAAAACAUUCCAUGAAUCAGGGAAAACAGGAAGAAGAUCGGUUGGUGGAGGCUCCGAGUUCAUCUAGCUCCGAUGUAGCUACUGUUGCUGAAACAGAUGCAGCAUCACCUCGAAACGAUGAAUCAAAUGAUCAAGAGCCGCUAGAUGGUGAAGAAGAGAUAGCCCGAAUUGGAAAUGACGACAAUUAUGAAAUUAUUCAAAUGAGCAACAAUCAAGAGGAUUCUCAGCAUAUUUGCACGUUUCUGUUUGUGACUGGGAAUGUUGAAUACGAUGAAUCAUUCGCUAGAACUGAAUGCUGGAAUCAAUACAAAAUAGAGAAACUUUGCCGCCCGAAAUAUGAUAAAUGCCUGAUUUCCAAGGGAAGAAACUGCAUGGAAGUUUUCAGAACGUGUGCAGAAAAAAACGCCUUACCAGGAGCGUCAUACAUUUGUCAACAAUGGUUGGUGAAUGUUACCAACCCUUUGAAGGAAACAGAAGAAAGCUACAGUUUGGAAUUGUUGAACAGAGCAUUAGGGACCGAUAUGAUAUUGGGAACAUCGGAAAUGUGUGAUAUUUUCGUUUUCAAAUACCACAACUUAUAUCUAUUCAAUUUAUCAACUGCAUCCUUGUCAGCGAUUGAAACAGUUCAAAAAACAAUAGUUUCGUAUUGUCAAUGUCCGAUUGAGAUGCAAAAACAAGUAGAAGAACGCCCACCUCCUCAAUCCAUCAAAAGAAUCAUCCCAAAUCAUUUCUACUACGGAGGAUUGAAAAACUACGAAUGCUGGAAAGAAGUCGACCAGUAUCUCGCUGUAAUUCUCUGCGGAGAAAAUUCAACGAUUCAUAUCAAUCAGGAAUGGGCUAGAAGAACCGAUUGCCUAGAGGAUCCAAAGUUUUCUAACUGUUCUCCAAAGUUUAUUGAGGAAAUAGAAAAAAUAUCCAAAGAGAGUGAAAAGCCUUUGUUCUGCUCAACAUACGUCGAGAUAAUUGUGAAGGCACUUAUAAUAUUCAAUAGAACUUCUUCCAGAACCAUAACCGCCUGUAACUACACCUAUUCGCUCUGUAACCGCUCUUCUCAUGAUCAGUGUGACAAACAGCUCAUUGAAUGUUUCAAAAGAGAUAAUUGGUUAUCACAGGAGUGCCUUGCAGUAUUGAUUCCUUCGAAGGGUUCUACUGCUGUCUUUUCUGGAUUUGUGAAUCUAGCGAAGAAUCAUUAUUGGACUGUUAUUGCACUGUUCCUGGUAGCCAUCGUUCUUGCCGGUUGUAAGAAACUGCGAGACUGGCUGUUUGAGUCACUGUCGAUUAAACUUUUCAUCUUUUUGACAAGACAAUUCGAUAAAGGUGCAGACUAUUUUGAUGCCUUGCUGAAAAAUGAUUCAGAAGACAGGAGAACGGACACGGGUACUACCGAAGUGGAGAAGGUAGCUACUAGUACAGUUGACAACUCUAACAAUAAACAUGAAUCAUUCGGAGAAGAUGUAGGAGAACCUCUUUUACCUGUGAAUGCAUUACCUCCCGCAGAAUAUCAAAAUAACUCAAAUACUUCAAAUACGCCAUCAACAUCUUCUAUUUCUAAUAUAGCAACAGAACAGACACCAUCCAACAAUCAAAGUGAAGUGAUGACUAGCUCUAACAAUGAAAACGCCAAUCCGAAGCUUGAUGAGACAAAAGACAAGCCGCAGUUUUCAUCAUCUUUAAAGAACAUGGGAAAAUCUUUCUGGAGAAUUAAUUGCUCGAUGUGGCCAGUUCUAUACCAACGCUGCAAAUUCCCUUCAUUCAAGACAAUUCGCAAUGCAUCUGUUGAAGGAUUUCAAUCUAUAAGGAAUAGACGGAAAAUGUCUUCUGAGGAGUCAGAUAUUUGCCAGAAAUGGAUUGAAACUGUAACUGAAUCUUUAGAAAACAAUAAAGAUGCAUACAUGAUGAAGCUGUUGGACAAGGCUCUUCACAGGAAAAUGAGACGAAAAAGUUCGGAAGUUUGUGAUGUCUCCGUUUUCAAACAUCCUGACUUUUUAAAUUCCUCAAAUAUAACGUUGUCAGUUAUCAAUGAACUUUCCCCUCUGAUAUUUUCAUUCUGCCAAUGUCCAAAUCAUCCAAUGAAUGAUCGACCAAGAAGCCAUCCGCCUACUCACUCCAGUUUUCCGAUUCAUUUCUACUAUGGAGGAUUGAGAAACAUUGAGUGCUGGAAAGAAGUCGACAGGUAUCUCGUGGAAACUCUCUGCGGAGAAAAGUCAUUACUCCAAAUCAAUCACGAAUGGGCCAGAAGAACUGAUUGUCUUGAAAACCCAGCACUGACUAAUUGCACUUCAAAGUUUUUAGAGAGACUAGAGAAGUCUCUUCCAUUUGUCAAUUCUACUACUUUCGAUUAUAACAUUGUCCCUGUGAAUAUAAGUGUCACCUCUGGAUUUCCCGGAGUUCAUUAUCAAGAUGAUGACUUAUAUCUAUUGAGUCAACUAAAUGACAAUAUCACUUUCAAGUGUUUCCCUGUUAAAAGAGCUAUCACAUCUUGCAACUACUCUUACAUUCACUGUAGCCGUCAUUUUUUUAAUCAAUGUGACGAGAGUUUCAUCGAAUGUUUGAAAGAUGAAAACGAAUUCUCACCUGAAUGCGUGGAAGCCAUGUUUCCUAUUAAAAACUUUGCACAAUUCUUGAUAAGACUUUUGAAUAGGACAUGGAAUUACAAAUGGGAGAUCUUCUUUUUUGUGGCUGCGGCUAUCGUUUUCGCGUUUUCGAAGAAAUUACGGGAUUGGUUAUUUGUCUUAUUAACAAUCAAGCUUUGUCUCGCUUUGACAGGACAGUUCGAUAGAGCAGCUGCAUUUUUUGAUGGUCUACUUUUGGUAAACCUUGAAGAACCAGAGUCAAAAGAAAUGCAAAUCAAUUCUGGUUUUUCGGAUAAUGAACAAGAUGAGAAUCUGGGAUCGAACAAUCACAAUCCAGAUGAACUAGAAGACGUGACAUCGGAUUUCCCAUUUAUAGAUGACGCUCACUCUCGAACUACGGAAACUUCUAGCAAUCAGAUAAGAGAAAUCGACGGAGAUUCACAAUCCGAAUCAUCGAGAGAUAGACCGAGAUUGCCAUCAACUUCAAACGAUAUGUGGAAAUCCUUCAGGAAAAUGAACUCAAAUAUGUUUAGAGUUCUACACAGGCGAUUCAUUUGUCCUGCGUUUAAUGCAGCAGCCGAAUAUUUUUUGCAUUCAGAAGGAAGAAAUAUUGGAAACCACGAAAAUUCCCGAUUUUUACCUUGA